CGCGGGCUCGGCUCUUAUCCCCUCCUCGGUCCCCCCCUCCGCCCGCCACCCCAGCCGCUCGCCGCGCGGCUGCUCCGGCGGCUUUUCAUCUACGGGGGUAGGAGCGAGAUGCCUUUGCCGUGCUUCUUCCACCCCCAGUCCUCUCCGUGCCGGGGGGGCGGUGAUGUGGAGCUGGGAAUGUAGAGGAAAACCCUCCCCGGGAAGAAGCGACCAAAACAAAUCUCUCUCCGUGGCUUUGGCGGCCGCGCAGUGCCCGGGGAAGCCUCAGCAGCCCCUGCCAGCGCCGGGGAAUCCCUCCUGCAGCCCCCGGCGGCGCCCCGGGCGCCCGCCGAGCAAGCUUCAGGAAUGGAGCUGUCUGUCUGAAGAGGACUCUGCCCAAAUAUUUGUAGUGUCCAAGCUCAUUCUCCUAAGGACUCUGGUGUUACAAGUCCAUCUUUUUCAGAAUGGCUGAGAAGACUCCACCAGGGAUCACCAAAAAGUCUUCAAGGUCUACCCUUUCUCUCCCUCCAGAACCAGUGGAGAUCAUUAGGAGCAAAGCCUGCUCACGGAGAGUUAAAAUAAAUGUCGGUGGGCUCAACCAUGAAGUGCUGUGGAGGACUUUGGACAGACUUCCAAGGACACGAUUAGGAAAGCUCAGAGACUGCAAUACCCAUGAAUCUCUGCUAGAAGUAUGUGAUGACUAUAAUCUAAAUGAAAACGAAUAUUUUUUUGAUCGACACCCAGGGGCUUUCACUUCCAUUUUGAAUUUCUACAGGACAGGGAAACUACAUAUGAUGGAAGAAAUGUGUGCUCUUUCUUUUGGCCAGGAGCUUGAUUACUGGGGGAUUGAUGAGAUAUAUUUAGAAUCUUGCUGCCAGGCAAGAUACCAUCAAAAGAAAGAGCAAAUGAAUGAGGAACUGAGGAGAGAGGCAGAGACAAUGCGAGAGAGAGAAGGGGAAGAGUUUGAUAAUACCUGCUGCCCAGAGAAAAGGAAGAAGCUUUGGGACUUGCUGGAGAAACCCAACUCAUCUGUGGCAGCAAAGAUUUUGGCCAUUGUAUCCAUUCUGUUCAUCGUACUGUCCACUAUUGCUUUGUCUCUUAACACAUUGCCAGAGCUGCAAGAAAUAGAUGAAUUUGGGCAGCCAAAUGACAACCCUCAGCUAGCGCACGUUGAAGCUGUGUGUAUUGCUUGGUUUACCAUGGAGUACCUUUUGCGUUUUCUGUCCUCACCAAAUAAGUGGAAGUUCUUCAAAGGCCCAUUAAAUGUCAUUGACUUACUGGCUAUCUUGCCAUACUAUGUCACCAUUUUCCUCACGGAGUCCAAUAAAAGUGUCCUGCAGUUCCAAAACGUCAGACGUGUGGUUCAGAUAUUUCGUAUUAUGAGGAUCCUAAGGAUUCUUAAGCUUGCCAGACAUUCAACAGGCCUUCAGUCUUUAGGUUUUACACUCAGGCGGAGUUACAAUGAAUUAGGCUUGUUGAUAUUAUUUUUAGCCAUGGGAAUAAUGAUAUUUUCGAGUCUUGUAUUCUUCGCUGAAAAGGAUGAGGAUGCUACAAAAUUUACAAGUAUCCCUGCAUCAUUCUGGUGGGCAACAAUCACUAUGACUACUGUAGGAUAUGGUGACAUUUAUCCUAAGACCUUAUUAGGUAAAAUAGUUGGAGGACUUUGCUGUAUCGCUGGAGUGCUGGUCAUAGCCCUGCCCAUACCAAUUAUUGUGAACAAUUUCUCAGAGUUUUAUAAGGAGCAGAAAAGACAGGAGAAGGCAAUUAAGAGGAGAGAAGCACUUGAGCGAGCUAAAAGAAAUGGCAGUAUUGUCUCCAUGAAUCUUAAAGAUGCCUUUGCUCGCAGCAUGGAAAUGAUAGAUGUAGCAGUAGAUUCAGGUAAGCUUGGAGAAGCAGUCAGUCCAAAGGAGACAUCUGAUGACAACCACCUCUCCCCAAGCCGGUGGAAAUGGGCCAGAAGGACAAUGUCUGAAACAAGCUCAAACAAGUCUUAUGAGAACAAGUACCAAGAAGUUAGUCAACAAGACUCCCAUGAGCAAUUAAACAAUGCUGCAGCAUCCUCCAGCCCUCAGCACCUCAGUGCCCAAAAACUGGAGAUGUUGUAUAAUGAAAUUACUAAAACUCAGUCUCAGCCUAACCUUAAUGCUGGUUACCAAGACCAGUCUGCAAAGCCACCCAUGUAUGAAGAAGAAAUAGAAAUGGAAGAAGUUUCAGGUCAGAGAGAUCCGUUACCAACUGGACCUGCGGACAUCAUAACGGACAUGAGAAGCACAUCCAGUAUCGACAGUUUUGCCAGUUGUGCAACUGACUUCACAGAAACAGAGAGGUCUCCCCUCUCUCUGUUUCCUGGCUCUCACUUGCAAAUGAGAUUUCCAACUGAUACUGUUAACCUGGAAGAAAACCAAAGAGCGAGAAGUUCUCAGUUUAUACCAUUUGCAAAAGACAGAGGAUUUUCUCCAACUGACAUCACCUUUGACUAUAAUCCAAUCAACAGAGCUGUUAUCAGUGAUGGCAGUGGGUCCCAAACUGUUUUACAUGGUCAUUUGCAUUUUGACACUUCCAUGGAAAGCCCCAAAAGUUCCCUGAAAGGUAGCAACCCAUUAAAAUCUAGAUCCCUUAAAGUUAAUUUUAAAGACAAUAGAGGUGGUGCUCCACAAACUCCACCAAGCACGGCAAGGCCACUGCCAGUGAUAGCAGGAGCAGACUUCACACAGGCCACCCCCCAGCACAUCAGCACCAUUCUCCUAGAAGAAAAUUCCCCACAGGGUGAACGACCUGUACUUGGUGCUGAUGCGUCUGCACUUUGUCAGGGACCUGUUAAAAGAUCAUCCCCUCUCUUUCCCAAGCAAAAGAUUUUCACUUUCCCUUCAAAAGAGAGAAGGAGCUUCACUGAAAUAGACACUGGAGAAGAAGAAGAGUUUAUGGAGUUACAUGGUAUGAAACAUGAAAAACAACAGGAUAUCAAGACAAAUUGCUGUGGGGAUAAACACAGUGACAGCAACAAUUUAACAGAGGAGCCACAGGUCAGCUCUUCACCCAAAAGCUUGAGCCACAACUGUACUCAAGACAUUUACCAUGCUGUGGGUGAGGUAAAGCCAGACAGUAACCAAGAAGGUCACAAAAUGGAAAACCAUUUGUUUGCCCCAGAAAUUCAUUCAAGUCCAGGAGAAACUGGUUAUUGUCCCACACGUGAAACUAGCAUGUGACUAGUUACAGAAGCAAUAAAAAUACCUUUUCAUAAAACACUGUUAGUAAUGCCUAUGAACUAAAACAUGGAAAGCCUCAACAAAAGUGCAUAAAAUGUUAUUUUUGCAUGGCAUGAAGAGUUGUUUAGUUUAAAUACUGUUUAAUUUAAAAAAAAAAAAGACUGCUUUUUGUAACAAACUGAAAAAAAACGGAAAAAAUUACUCAAGAAUGGUGAAUAAAAUAAAGAGAGCUCUGUUAGGAGCCAGUGUUCUGCAACAUCUGACAUUUUUGAUCCUUUCACUUACGAUUGUAGACAGGUUUUGAACUCUUUUAACUUUUUUUUUCUUGGUUACAAUGAAUUUUAGAAUUUGCACAUGAAAGGAUGAAAUGUCAAUGCAUGCAUUCAUAAAGAUGUGAAACAAGGUGCUUUGAGCUUGCAAAAUGCAUAUAUUUGUAAAUAGUUGGGGGUUGGGGGUACAGCUACUGUUAAAAAGGAUUUAUGGAAAAAGCAUUUCCUGGGACACAGGUACUUCCUUCACAGCGUGCUGCCUGGAGGUUUUGUACAGACUUAUGUUGCAAAAUUGCAACUUCUACUUAAAGCAUCUCACGUAUUUUGCUUUCUGUUAAAAAGCUCAUGAGUAUAUCUGUUAAUUAAUGACUACAGUAUUUUAGUUUAUCUGUGCUGUAAAUCAUGAUAGUUUUUUUAUUUGCAUAACUUCAGUUAUUGCAUUUGUCAGUUUAAUUAAUGGUCCUGAGGAAAAGCAAAGAUUUAAUGACCAGAACUUGAAGCAUUGGAUAUUUUUAUAGAAAACUGCCAACAUUUCAUAACUGAAGAAAAAGUUCCAUUUUAAAAUUUACACACCAUAGUUAUUUCUGUGGCAAUAAAUAGUGCCAAAUGGCUAUACAGAUAUAUACAAAAGUUUUCAAUCUCUUGGAAUAUAAUUUGGUAUUAAAAAAUAUUUUCCACGUUCACUUUUUUUCCUUUGAUUUAACACUUUUUGCUUCUACGUGGUUUUUGAGCUCUUUCCUUUUGUUUUACGUGCAUUGCUCAUACUUCAGUAAUGGCAAUGUUGUUGAAGCCACUGUGGUGUGAGGACGUAAGAGACAAGUUUUGUAGGGGGAAGUGGUACCUUUUGUUGUUAUGAAUCAUAUAGCUGAAGAAAAACAGGCUUCAAGUAUAUGUGAUUUGCCCCAGGUCUUCCACACCCCAAAGCUUGUCUGUGGUUUUGAGUUCAGUGAUUUGAACUGACAGAAGAUAUCACUUGACUCACCAACUUUGCCUCAACCCAUCCUUCCAUUGUUGUUCCAAAUUGGAGUAUAGGCUUUCUGCUAUACUUAAAUAAAGGAAAAUGUCAAUCAUUCCACUGACAACUACCAAAGCAUCUUUGGUUUCUCUGACUUCUCCAGCUUUGUAAAAGAAAGAUGCUGAACCAAAGCCUUCAUUACAAAGUACCCCUCAAACUGCUGUCUGAAAAAAAGCUAUUUUUUAUUUUAUCCAGCAUCCUUAGCUUCCUAUGCUAUAAUAUAAAAAAAACUUACAGAUUGCUUUAAUUCCCAAAAUAAUAAAAAACUUAUUCAAUUCAUGAAUUCUAAUCGUAAGCAAACGUAUGCAGUUACACAGGCCCAUCCUGCAAAAUAUUCCCCUUUUUUUUUCUUAGGAAGCCUUAAAAGCACUUUAGACCAACCAAUGCAUGGUUUGGAACAUCAGGCUUCUACUUACCAUAGUGGAUCUAGGUUAAUUUUUACUCAUCUGUCAUUUUCUGUCACUUAAAUAAGUAGCAACCAGGCACCUAAUGCAUUUAAUGUAAAGGAGCAAUCAUUUUUCUUGCAACAUUGCCCUUUGAUUGAAAUGGCUGGACUGAUGUCACAGACCUCACUCAAGCCAGCCCCAUGGAAAAGAGGCAAGUUUGAAGAGCCCCAAAAUAAGGAUCCUGGUGACUGGGCCUAACAAUGAGCACAGCACUAUCAUUUGGUUAAAAAAACCCGUUUUCUAUAUUUCCAUAAGUUUUCUAAUGUCUGUAACAAGGUAAUAUUGAACUGUCUCUUCAGUCAUUUGAAUAUCUGGGAAUAUAAUGAGGUUUUUUCAACAAUAUCUGGUCAUUAAUUCUCAAAAUAAUUUUUUUCUUUAGUUGCAGUUCAUUGCAACUUGUUGCUGCAUUCAGUUUUGUGUAUUUAUAUGGCAUUCUGCGUAACAUUUUUCAAUCAUGUUGUCUCACUGUCCCAAAAUUUAGCUCUUGAUAUUUUAUAGUCAUUAAUCUUCUAUAUUUAUUUUUUAGUUCCUGGAUAUUUUCGGUGACUGAAACCAAAUGCCAGUCAAUUUUUAUAUGCCUGAAGUGUUGGUUUGUAUUUUCUAUGUGCAGUUUUAUGAAACCACAUGGGCCUGUUCAACUGCCUUUACAUCCUAGUGAACUAUUGAAGUCCAAAUUAAGACCAAAUGGGACCUGGUUCCGUACUCUGGAUCCACAGAAAAUUCUCUUUCAAGACAAUGAUGGUGUUCUGGCAAGAUUGAGGUUUGUGUCCUUCUUCUCCCAGGUGACCCUUACACUUUGGAAAAGCCCCCCUCGGACCUGUGCCACUUGAUGGAAAGGGAGGAGUCCAGCCAUAGGGAUCACAUUGCAGGAACAGAUUUGAUUCCUUAAGCUCUUCUGAGCUAAACUUUAUGCAAAGUUUAUUCUGCCCUAUUAAAAUCACUAAAAAUUCAAAAGUGGUAAAAUUAAGGCCUCAAUUCUUGUGCAGAUGAAUUUCCCCUCAAACCAAUGGGAGUCAGUGGAAAAAGAGACUGACUGAAAUAUAAAUGAGGAUGGCAAAACUCUCUCCCUCUUGAUGAAAAUCAACAGGAGCUUUAACUAUAUAAAUCAGAUGAAAGACCAGGCCCUUAUUGGCCACUGUAUUUUAAAUGUUUUCAGAGAAGCACAUUUAUUUUGAAGCAAAAGAAAUAUAAUUCACUUCAUUAACAGAUGAUUUUUAUUUUUUUUUUUUAAAAUCUUGGAAGCAAAGUGAUUGAGCUUUGGAAGUACUUUUGGUAUAAUUUCAUUAAAUACUUUUGACUAUGCUGAAUACUAUUUCCAGAAGCACAGUUUUAGACAUAUAGUUUUUCCAGUCUUGACUGCAUGUACAGGAUCCCAUUUCUGGAUACCUAGCUCGUGCAUAAUUCCUGAUUAAAACAUCUACUUGAGCAGUUGCAGGACUGGACUUAGAUUUCAAUCCAGUACAGCAGGUGUAAGAAGUGCAAUCCAGGAACAUUUCAUUCAUCAUGAAUUGAUAUGCAGCAAAUUAUGCAAAAUUACACAAGUAUAUUUUUCUGGUUUUCUAAAACUUUGAAGACAUUUCAGACAUAUUACCCAUUCACCACAGUAAGGGGAGAAUGUGUUUGAGUUCUGGAGUCAGUCUCCAAUUUCAGCUUUGUGAUUUCAAAACAACUUAAGGAGUCUUAGGAAGAAGUGACUCCCCUGUGCACCUGAAAGGGGUCUGAUUCCUCAUAUCACUGGAAAAUAAAGAAUGUUCAGGGAGAUAGUUUUGCAAUUAAUCUAUUUUUAUAUUUUUUAUGAAAAUCAGAAUCCUGAAUCAAAGUUUUAAUUCCUUUUCAAUGAUGAAACCAAAUGCACAUAUUUAAAAAAUGUUCACAGAGUAAUUAGAACAGUUUUUGAGUAAUAGUCACAUUAAUUCAAAUCUGGGUGGGAUGGGGGCAAUAAUAUAUCGCACAAACUGCAAAGGAAGUUCCUACAGGAAAGCUGUUUACAGGGGAAGCAUACAGUGUAAUGUAAAGAAUGUAACAUGGUGUAGGAAGUUUUUGCACUACAGAAUUUAUAUGAAAUACACUUUUUUAAAUGAAAACACAAAAGGCCUUUUAAUGCUACAUUGUAUAGAACAUAGGAGCCUCUGUGCUAACGCAGCAAUCUGAUGCACUGUGUCCUCACUUCACAAUUGGUCUCAAAAUUCAAACAUUAUUCAUUUUAGAGAGGUGAUAUCUGAUCUAAUACUAGAGCAACUGACUUGAAGAGCUUUUUAGCACACUAUUACAUAACCCAAACUCUGUAUAGACAGUUGUAUUUUCACCUGUAACAUUCAUAAAUCAAAUUGACAGUUGGAUUCUGGAGUCAUUUCCUAACAGGUAACACCUGGCAACAUAUUUGUAUUCCUUGGAAAACAAGUUCUUUUAAAAGCAGACCUCUUCCCCUACAUUUUGACUGAGCUUCUGUUUCCUUCAAGGUUUACCUUCAAAUUAUUUAAUUAACUCCUUCAACCUCUAAACCACAGUCCAGUACAAAACCAGUUGUUUUUUUUGAAGCCCUAUUGCAAAUAUAUUCAGACUAGUAAAAAUAUCCAGGGCUUACCUAACUGGCUUUUUCAUUCAAAUAGCUUUUGAAUCACUUGGAUAGAAAAUAAAUCUUAAUAUUUUGAUCAUGCAAAAAAUAUUUUAAAAGCAAAAAAAUGCAAUAUGCCUUUUUCUUUCAAAGUAGCCAGCACAGAUUGACCAAGAAAUGCAAACACAGCAAAGGGGCAAGAAGGGCUGGAAACUGUAAGUAAACAAGACAUAUUUUAGUAAACUAUGUAAAAAAAGAGAUAUAAUAAAUCAUAUAUACAAUACUUCUUGUUCACACUUAAUGAGGAAGAAUGUCAGUAGCAAAAGAUUUAAUUCCAGUCCAACUCCAUCUUAAUUUUUAUCCUGGAACCAACAGGUCUCUACUGAGGUUUUCAGUGAUGCUAUUACCCACUCGCCUGCCACAUGAACAUCCGAUGUGUAAUCAUUUUUCAGACUUUCCUGAAAAAGAAGUUACUAUGUAUUGCUAUCUUUGUUGAUCUUUGGAUCUCUUCCCAUUGCCAUCCAAAUACCAAUCUUCUCUUCUUCUUGGGAGCAGUCAGAAGGCAACGCACCCAAGAAGAUGAUAAGUGUGUCUUGUCAGGAAAGUGUUUUGGUAGUCUGGUGCAAAUAGCCAGAUGAACUCUGUUGCAUUUGAACCAAGGAACAAGAACUGAUUGUCACUUCUUCCUGUUAUUGUUCUAGCCAUACCAGUCCUCCAGUGUCCCCCACAGUGUCCCCAUGCUCCAUGCAAGAUGUUUCAGUGUUCUUGCAAGAACUUUUGUAAAAGCACUUGACUGGUAAGUGCUAUUAAGAAAGCCAUUCGUCUAAGUGUGAACAUUUGUCUCUUGUCCAAUCUGUUUUUACUACUUAGCGGUGCUCAGUUUAAACUCCAGCUGAAAUGCUUUCUAGAACAGAUCAGGUGUUCUGGGAACCAAAUCCUUUGCAGGUCCUCUAUCAGUUUCCUUACCAAAGAAGGGUUAGGUGACUGACAGGCAAAAAUGAGAGACAUGUUUUCAUCAUGUGAUGUUUUCUUGUUCAGUGGUCAUACGCCACAGGACAGCUGCAGGUGAGGUAAUGUACUUGUCUUUGUAUUUAUUUUGUGGCAGGUUUAAGCACUAUUUUUUGAAAAUGUUGUGUUAUGAUAUUUAGGAAGUAUUACCCUUUAGUACAAUGGAGAUUUCUUCCAAAACAGCAGUGAUACCUUAUAGUCCUACAUUAUUAUUGAUUACUAUUGAAUUUUCUUUUAUGACACCUAACACAGAUCCAGAUGAAUGCCAUUGUGGAACAAGGAAGUAGCAGACAAAUAUUAGUGCUCUUUUUACUUAAAAGUAGCUAAAGAACAUGGUAUUAGCUAACAUUUAAUCCAAAAGAAGAUAAGAUUAUCCUAAUUAAACCUAUCAACAGAAUGGGGACCUGUCAUUACCUUAGACAUUGACUGUAGUCCUGUGAUUAAUGUAAACCCUGAAUCUAAGAGCAGUCUCUGUAAUUAAUUUCAUUAGGGUAAUUUUUUAACUCAAAUAACUAUUUAAAUACAUAUUCAGCAUCAGCAGGAGUGAUGUACACUUCUAAACCUGGAAUUCUAUGGCUAUGUUUACACUGGCAUCUUAGUGGAAAUCAAGAGAGCUCUCCUGACAUGAAUCUCUCAGCUAUCCCUGCUUUUCAUGCUUUGGUUCACAUCACAGAGCAAUCCUGGACCGUGCAAACUGAAUUACUUUUAGAUGAAGCUGAACCAGAAAACUUCUUCCAUGAGGGCAUCUGCUGUGCUGCAGCCAGGAUGAAGCAUUCAGGCCCUGGCACCAGAUGAGAGCUAGUCCAAAACUGUACCCUAGAACAUGUAGUAUAGAUUGUCAGCACAAACUCUUUUCCUCAACAAAUCUGCUUGUAUUGUACUACUUGCUAAUGUAGACAUAGACUAUUUCACCCAUGGUUACUAUCUCCAGUCCAUGUAGUCUUGACUAAAUCCCUUAUUCAAGCAGAUUUUGUUAUUGUCGUCAGUAGUAUUGCAUAAAAAGAGCAAUAUAUAGCCAAAGUUGAAAUUGUCGCCGGUGUGUUCUCCAGCUUAGGGUAGGUGAAAUCAUUCAAACAAUACAUUCUUGAUAACCUUUGGAUAGUUGAGGUUUGUAGUUUGGACCAAACUCGUACGUACUGCAUAGUUCUACAGUCACUUUAGUGUAAAGUUGGUGUUAUAUUUGAUGAAGACAGUACAGACAACACUAGACUGACUUACUCCAGAAUCAGUGGAAUGAUUAAACUGACUGCAAGUAGCCCUAUUUCACUUAACAGUAACUCUUACUUUAUAUGGUAUGAAUAAAAGCAAGCGGCCACACAGUGAUGGAGGAUCAGAAGCCCAACUUGAGUAUUUUGUGCCUAUCUACUAUGUCUAGAUAUCUUUCCAUUUGGAUCACAGUUUAAAUUUAUUUAAAUUGAGGAACUAGUAGGGUUUUGAUUGUGUGCUGAGUUGCUCUGAUGUCUAGGACAUACCUCGUAAAAAGUAAUGCAAGAAACAAAUAGCCUAUUCCUUUUCUUACCUUUUUUAAUGAUUUCAAGGUGAAGGACAUAAGCUUUAGUGAUAUUUUUGCUCUAAGUUUUGCUCAGAUAGCAUCUCUCAGUGGAGGUUCAGAAUACAAAACACUUAUGCCUGUUCUUGAAGUCCUUAAGCAGAAUGCCAGUGGGAAUUCUGCCUGUAUAAAACUGAAGGAUGGAGCAAUAUAUUAUAGCAUUAGGUAAAAGGAACAGUUUGUAACAUGUUAUAAAGUGGGGGGGAGAAAAAACAAACCACUUUUGGGGACAAUCAUGGGUACUUCUGCUAGGAUGCAGAGUUCUGGAUUUAUACCUCUAAAUUUUUAGAGUUCUGAAGAGUUUUACCUAUAUAACUCUUUCAAAAGUCAAAGAAGCCAUGCUGAUAAGAUGAAACAUGGAGGGAUUAGUGUACAAAGAAGCUGAGCAUUGAAUACAUAGCCUAUUGCUUUAAGAUCACUGUAAAUAUCAACUAAAAAUGUGUACUAAUUCAUGUUUAUACAUUAUUACUGUGUUAGUUUCAUAGAUACGGUAGCAUGACUAUUAUUAGUUUUAUUGAAUUUAAUGAACUUUACUUUGUAUUCCUCUGUGAAUGCUCUGAAUGCUGCAAACAAAAAAAGCACAACAGUAUUUUUUCAAGUUCUCUUGGGGCGUAGUAGUGUCUUCACUAUUGUUCAGUUUUACAGAUUUAGCAACAUUUCAUCAUAAAUUGCUAUGUUAUUAACAUGUCUUUCUUUAAAAGUACUGUCACUAGGAGAUAAAAGCAUAUGUGAUAAGUCUUGUCUAAUCUCAUUCAUCUGCCUUUACAAAAUGCCCCAGACAUUUUGUGGGAGAAUAUGCUGCUUUUGCUUCAUGCGUUGUUUGUAUUUGGGGGUGGGGCAGGGGAAUAAUAGGGCAUUUUGCAAUGGUAAUUGCAUCAAACAUGCUUUUUUCAUUAUUAUUGUAUUUGUUAGAAACAUUUUGAUUUAGUUUCUUUCUGUAGAUAAGACUUUGGCAAUAGCUUUAUUUUUUCAACUAACCAUUUGAUUUCACUAGACUAAUAACUUCUCACAUUUAGUGAUAUUCGUAUCAAUGUCUCCAUAUCAGCUGCAUUUUAACUUCAUAAGAAAGGAAAUGUGAUUAUUAUUUUUGUCAUAAUAGAUUUUGCUGAUCAACUAAAUAUUUCUGCACCAAUCUACAUAUUAAUAUGCAUGUUGUAGUCUGUACAAUUGUUCAACAUCAAAAUAUCUGUUUAAUUUAUGUCAAUUGUCUGUAAAAUAAAUGCAUUGUUCUCCAUUUCAGUCUGAUAGAACAAGCAGGAUAGUAAAUAAAUGUGUAAAUGAAUCAUCUGUGUCUCAUUUCAGUUCUCGUCAUGAAACCACUUUACAUUGAACAUUGCAUAUAUACCAAAAUAAUAACCCAUAGUGUCUUCAGAUUUCAUUACUUAACAUUAUGAAAGGAUCUCUGGCAGAUAAUAUGUACAGAAUUAAAUCACUUGGCUAUGCAAAUAAAGUCAGAAUCCAUUUUUUUUAAUUAAA